AUGCUACCCAGAUCUCUACCAACGCCCAACUUUUGGUCGAAUUUGAAGCCAUCAAUUUCAUUCACUGCUCGGACGCUAGCGGUCGGUUUGGCGCAGCGUCGUGGGUAUGCUGCAGCUCAAUCCAACAGUGCAGCAUCGGAGCAGGCUAAAAAAUCAGCCAAGAGGAAAACGUCGCCUCUGUGGCCCAAAAUCAAGUCCUUUACGUCUUUCACGGUCUCUGGCGCUCUUGUAGUUGGUGCAUCCGGCUUGGCCGGAUUGGUUAUCUACCUUUUACUCCAAGAGCUUUUUUCUCCCUCUGGAGAUACCAGGCUGUUCAACAAUGCGGUUUCAAUGGUGGAAUCUGAUCCAAAGGCUCGUGAGCUUCUGCUGUGCAACGAUUCGGCAAACUCCAAAGAGCGUGUUAAAGCGUACGGUGAACUUCUGACUGAUGAUCGUUGGACCAGAAACAGACCUAUUAUGUCUACAAGACGCAUAGGCAAAGACGGCAGAGAACAUCAUUAUCUGCGGUUCCAUGUAGAGUCCAAGCAGAAGCUUGCAUUGGUACAUGUCGAGGCCCGUGAAAGCGACAAAAACUACACACCAGACCUGGUUUCUAUGUACAUGGAUAUUCCGGGCGAAAAACGUUACUAUUUCAUCAAACCGCAGGUCGCAAUUGCCAAACCAAAAGGGUUUCUGGGCGUCAACUGGGGCCCUAAGACGUAA